UAUUGUUUGGAAAUUAAAUAACUCGACAAAUAUUUAAAAUAAAAUAAAAUAAAAUAUAUAUAUAUACACAAAUACAACUGUGGAUGUAAAGCAUUGGGCGUCAACGCCCCCUUUUCAGGUGCGUAUUUCCGGCGCUUGAUAACACGUCAUUUCCAUUUCGUGUCGCCGUGGCGGGAGAUUCAGUGUGAUCCAGUUUGUUUUUAUAGCUAUAUGUAUCUCUUUUAAGAAUUUAGUUUACGUUCUUACUGAACUUUAGUGAUUUUAAGAAUUAAAAAUACUACUAAUGAUGGAAGCAAAAGAAAACGGUUCUCUUCACGCGAGCGCAGAUGAAAAGAAGACGAACAGCGAGGUGCACGUGAAACAAAAUGGCCACCGUGAAGAAGCCGAGGCGAGAUUCUGCUUCACCCCGGAGCCGAGUCUGGAGGACAUCCGGCAGAUGCAGGCCGAGUUCACGGACCAGCGCGAUUGGAAUCAGUUCCACCAGCCGCGCAACCUGCUGCUCGCUCUGGUCGGGGAGGUGGGCGAGGUGUCCGAGCUGUUCCAGUGGCGCGGAGAAGUGGCGGAAGGGUUACCGGGCUGGAGCGAGGCCGAGCGCGAACACUUGGCCCAGGAGCUCAGCGACGUGCUCAUCUACCUGGUGGAGCUCGCCGAGAAGUGCCGCGUGGACCUGCCGCAAGCCGUGCUGCGCAAGAUGGCCCUCAACCGGCUCAAAUACCCGGCCAGCAAAGUGCACGGCUCGGCCAAGAAGUACACCGAGUAUCAGGACUGAAGCCACGGUGCACAUGUGACCAAACCCUGGUCCCAGAGAUAUCACCAGAGACUCCAGAAAGAUCACCAGCAUCUCCAACCAGGAUCUGUUGAUCUGAAUUAGAAAAAAGAAAUACAGCAGUGUUUUUGAUCGCUGCGCAGUACAUGACUCUCAGUCGUUCUUUGAGUUGCUCACUUUCUCCAGAAAUGAUACAAUUUUGUCAUCCAGCACCCAAGACAAGUACUGAAUCUUCCUGAUCUCCAUCUCUACAUCCAGGACCAGUACUGAACCUUCCUGAUCUACAUCUCUGCAUCCCGGACCAGUACUGAACCUUCCUGAUCUCCUUCUCUACAUCCUGGACCAGUACUGAACCAUCCUGAUCUACAUCCCGGACCAGUACUGAACCAUCCUGAUCUCUGUCUCUACAUCCAGGACCAGUAUUGAACCAUCCUGAUCUACAUCCAGGACCAGUACUGAACCUUCCUGAUCUCCAUCUCUACAUCCCGGACCAGUACUGAACCUUCCUGAUCUACAUCCAGGACCAGUACUGAACCUUCCUGAUCUACAUCCAGGACCAGUACUGAACCUUCCUGAUCUACAUCCAGGACCAGUACUGAACCAUCCUGAUCUACAUCCAGGACCAGUACUGAACCAUCCUGAUCUCCAUCUCUACAUCCAGGACCAGUACUGAACCUUUCUGAUCUCCAUCUGUACAUCCCGGACCAGUACUGAACCUUUCUGAUCUCCAUCUGUACAUCCCGGACCAGUACUGAACCUUCCUGAUCUCCAUCUCUACAUCCCGGACCAGUACUGAACCUUUCUGAUCUCCAUCUCUACAUCCAGGACCAGUACUGAACCUUUCUGAUCUCCAUCCAGGACCAGUACUGAACCAUCCUGAUCUACAUCCAGGACCAGUACUGAACCAUCCUGAUCUACAUCCCGGACCAGUACUGAACCUUCCUGAUCUCCAUCUCUGCAUCCCGGACCAGUACUGAACCAUCCUGAUCUCCGUCUCUACACCCAGGACCAGUACUGAACCAUCCUGAUCUACAUCCAGGACCAGUACUGAACCAUCCUGAUCUCCGUCUCUACAUCCAGGACCAGUACUGAACCAUCCUAUUCUCCAUCAACGAUCAAGAGAACCUUCUCUCCAGACUUGAUUGGAUUGACAGAACUUGCACUGAGCAAAUGCUUAGUGACACUAUCUGACACUAUUAGAUCAGAUUUAAUGUUACUAUUUAGAUCAGAUCGAUUGAUUAAAUAGGUCAUAUUUAAUCAGUUAAAAAAAGAUGGCUGAUUUUUGGGGUCUAAGUCCAGACUGCACUGGGUCACAUGAUCUGAUUUGGUUACUGGGUCAGUUCUGUAUGGACAAUUGUUCAUUUUUUUCCCCCAGAAACUUGUCAUUCUGUUAUUGUUAAUCGUUAAUGCUCUUACUUCACGUUUAUUUACAUUUUAUUCUGUAAAAGGAGUGUGUACGGUUUUUAUUACCACCAAAACUGCUCAGACAUAAGUGUGUGUGUGUGUGUGUGUGUGUGUGUGUGUGUGUAUAUAGAUAUUUUUUUAAAUUUAAAGUGACAUUGUGUUCUGCUCAUAAACACACACGUGUUAAGGUCUUCUGGAGUAAAUGCAGUGUAUUGUA